GGGGCUCCGCGCGGCCUGCAGCGAGGCGGUGGCGGGUGAGUCUCCGGCCCCGGGUGCAGCUCGGGGCUGCAAGGAAUCCUCGCGGCCCCUGGCCGCCCCUAGGGCUCGCUUGCACCGGGGGGGCGGCUCCAGCGGGCCCCCCCCCCCAGCGUGUGCAGGGCGCUGCGGGCACACUGCGGUGCAAGGGCGUUUGCAGCCGUGCGUGGGGCGCCGAGCACUUCCCGGGUGCCCGGGCAGCUCCUGCCUCCUCAGCCCGGCCGUGUGCCCGUUGCGAGGCAGGGCAGGCGGGCGGGGACGCCGCAGCCAGGCACAGGUUUCCUUUGCGUUACAGAGCCCCCCAGAUUACACUCACCUUCCCCCCCCCACGCCCCCUUUUCUUUCCUGAUGCAGGCUUUGGCCGAGACCUGGGCAUUCUUAGGGGAGUUAGUAACUAGCAUUACUCCCAGCGGCCUGGCCAAAUUCCCCCGGGGGGAUAAUUUACCUUCUCCUUGAAUUCCUCCCGCAGCUUCCAUUAGAUACAGUGGUAUUCCUCGCGGUAUGAAACUGCCUUUGUUCCGCCCACCGGAGCGGGUGAUGCGAUUCCCAGGAGUAUAUGGGGUUGAGCAUCAUCAGAAAGCACGACCCUUUAGGGCAGGAACCCUAGACUGCCGUCGCCGGAGGGUUCAAUCACUCAAUGGUACCAGCGCUCUUUACGGAGCGUGGCGUAUGCGCCAAGGUGGCUGCUGAGCCCAACGGGCUAGUGACGGUUCUGUCCACCGGUAGGGCACACCCACGCACGAGCAACGCUCUGCAUCCAAGCAGCAGAUUCCUUCCUUCUCUGACGCCGGUCAUCACAAAGCUUGAUCCGGUCCACCUUGGCAAUGCUUCGACCCAUCUACAAGCUGACUCCAUCAACCAGAGCGGCACUCUGCGUUCCUUUCCCAAUCAUCCACAGAGAUUCCAAAGGAUUCUGAGUUCUCUUUGCAAGCAUCCCGAAAUCGGCGCUGUCUGCCUUUCUUUCUAGACCCUUCGCGAGCUUCAGAGUACAGCACGCUCUUCGGGAUCCUGUAGUCCAGCAUUUGCUUCACAUGUCUAAGCCACCUAAAUCUUUUCUUACUAAUCAACGUUCCCGUGAAUGACAUACCAGCAGGAUUAAACACUUCCACAUUUGUCACCCUGUCUUGCCAUCUUAUUAAAAGAAUUUUACACAAGCAUCUGAUGUGAACCGGGGAAUAUCCGCAUUCCUCUGUCUAACUCGCCUGAGGGGCGUAUUUGGUCAGAGAGAUUUGAUAGAUGGAUAAUAAAAUGGCAUUGGUUCCCUAUGAUGACAGUGCAGUCUGGGGAUUGCAGAAGUUCCAUAAAUCUUCAUCUGUGUAUCAUUUUGCCAACCACACAAUCCAAAUCAAACAAAACUGGAAGCAACUGGGUGUAGCUGCAGUCGUAUGGGAUGCGGCUGUAGUCCUGUGUACUUAUCUGGAGAUGGGAAGUAUUGAUCUACAAGGGCGCUCAGUGAUUGAACUAGGAGCAGGAACUGGAUUGCUGGGAAUAGUGGCCACGUUAUUGGGUGCUCAUGUCACCAUCACAGACAGGGAAGCUGCAUUGGAAUUUCUCGAGUCAAAUGUUCAGGCUAACUUACCUCCUGACCUCCAGCCAAGAGCUGUGGUAAAGGAACUGACUUGGGGAAGAAACUUGGGGAACUUCUCGCCAGGAAAGUUUGACUUUAUCCUGGGCGCAGACAUCAUUUAUCUGGAAGACACCUUUGCAGAUCUGCUUCAGACACUGGAGCACUUGUGCUCAGAACAUGCUGUUAUUCUGUUAUCAUGUCGGAUUCGCUAUCAACGGGAUCAGAAUUUCCUGGAGAUGCUGAAGGGACGAUUUUCGGUAUGUGAGGUCCACUAUGAUCCCAGUAAGGAUGUACGUGUAUUCAAAGCACAGAGGAGCAUUCACAAGGAAGACUUUUGACUGCAUUUCUUUUCUCUAAUAUCAAACAGUACUUGAAGGUUUGCUACUACUAUUUCUACUACAUAUACUGUACUUGUACUGAUGAGCUUAAUUUCAAAAGGAUCCAUCUAGCCUCUUGUGCCACAUCUGUUGCCAUGGUAUCUGAGCACAUUUGAAGUUUGUAUGCUCCGCCCUUCUCAUGUGUAUAAGGCUCAUUGUCAACAUCCUCAUUAUCACUGAGUGAGCUUAGAAAAGGUCAUUUGGUUUAAACUUUUUCAGCCAAGAGACUUUCCCUGUGAAAAAUAGGGUUUAAUUGAAAACAGCUGUUUUGCAGGAAUAAUCAUUUCAUGAAGGUUGUUCAGUUGGUUGACAGGAAAUUACAAACAUUCUUUUUUGUUUCAAAAUGAACAUUUUCCUUUUAGUUCUUGUAAAUUAAAAAUGUUUCAAAAUAUCAGAUUUUGGGGUUUCCCUCCCCAUUUCUGCCCCUCAGUAGAACAGAAUGAAGGAUGUUGAGGGAUUCCCCUUUCACUUCUUCUAUUUUUCCUCUCAUUUUUUCUCUCUUUCCUUGCUGUAACUUUUCAAAGCUCCCUCAACUUUGGAAAGUUCGAGUGGGGAAAAAUGUAAACUAAACAGUGUAGAGACAAGUAACUGUCCCAGGACACCUCAUUGUGGCCUAGGGCAGCUCUGUAGGCACCCUGCCUUAGUUUCCCUCUGAGUUCUGCUAAAAUAAUUCAGUCAUAAGCAAAGUCUUUGAAACAGUAUUACUCUUCUCCUGGGGUCUAAUUCGUUCAAUAUAAUUAAACUCCCACAAAGCUUCCUUUCUACUCAUCUUCAGAUUUAGGGUCUGAGUCCUCCUUGCGACUGUGGCUUUAAAGUUUGGCCUCCCCAGCCUGUAACUUACUUCGCAAGUCUGGGAUCUCACAGUCCUCCAUCCUGGGGUUAUGUGCUGGUUGACUUCUUUAUCCAGCAACUUCCUAGUGUCCCCGAGGCCUCUCCCGUAUAUAUCCCUAGGCUUGGCCUGACUUAGUCCCAUGACUUUCCUCUCACAUGACCAAAAUAAUUUUCUCACCUGGGGAGGCAAGUUAGGCUUGUCACUGGAGGACGUAGGCCCACCUCCCCUUAAAGGGCCUGCUGCCGCUAAGCAACUGUAGUGUUGUAAUAUGGACGCUUCCUACAUUAACAGAAAGUGGUAGUUAUGUCCUAUGGGGUGGAGCUUUUGCCUCCCUGUUAUCCUUGCUCUCCUCAAACCUUAAGGUGCGAAAGAGAGCCCCUGUCCUCCCACUCCCACCAGGCUCCUAGAGAGGGUGUGUGGUGUCCCUUCUGAUGACCUAGCUGCAUCUACUCUGGGGAUAGGUUGCUGUGGUGCUCCAGGCAUGAUAUUGUUUGCAUCCCUGAGCAAUGUAGCUAGGUCAGUCUAAUUGUUCAAUGUAGACCAGGACUAAGAAAAAGGAAAAGUGUCCAAAAAUCUGAAACCAUGGACACCCAGUAGCAGAAAGGAAAAAGUGAGGGGAAAACAAACAAUAGUUUGAACGUUUUCAAAAAAUAUUUCAUGAAAAUUUUAAAAAGCCCUGCUAAACUGAAACAAUUUUGAAAUUUUGUGGUUGGGUUCCCCCCCCCCCCCCCCCCGCACUGGCUGUAGGAACUGUGACACUGAAGUCCUGUCAAUAGCAGGAUAUGCCAAAUAGCAGGGUGAUUUUAGAGCCAGAAAUGUUAAGAUUCACACAGAGAGUGAACGUUCCUGGGUGUGUAUGCACCCACGUGCGUGUGUGUACAUGCACAAAAAGAAGGGAUAUUGUGAGAUCAAGACAAAUGGAUUUUUAAAGACCUACUCAGCUUUUGGGUCUCAAAGAAUGGUUACAGCAUAGUGUUCUAAGCAUCACCACCUCAGUUACAUCAUUGUCAUGAAACUCCUUCUAUUAGUCUGACUUGAUAAGUUUUCAAAUAGGUUGAGGGCUCUCAUAAAGAGGAUGGUGAUGAAUUGUUCUCCAUGUCUGAUGAAUGUAGGACAGGAAGUAAUGGGCUUAAUCUGCAGCAAGGGAGAUUUAGUUAGAGAUUAGGAAACACUUUCUGUCAGGGUGGUUGAGCUCUGGCAUAGACUUUCAAGGGAGGUUGUGGAAUCCCCCUAAUCGGAGGUUUUUAAGAACAGGUUGGACAAACUCUUGUCAUGGAUGGUCUAGGUCAGUGGUUCUCAAACUUUUUUUUUUUUUUCACGGACCACUUGAAAAUUGCUGAGGGUCUCGGCGGACCACUUUAAUGAUCUUUCCAAAUGUUGUUUGUACUGUUAGCCAACUAUUGUAAAGCACUUUGGAUAAAAGCACAAAUUAAAAAAAAUACCCUUAAUAAUAAUAAACAUUUUUUUUGUUCUACAAAUAAAAGCACACAACUCGUAUUUU